UUUAGUACUUAGAAAAAGCACCAGCACCGAGAUAAUGGCCUACUUGCUGACAUUCGGCAUCAUUGCCGCCCUGUUCCUGGCCAGCAUCUUGCUCUAUCGCUAUGGCAACAUUCCACGUCAACACAUCCUCGUCACACUCUCCGUUCUGACAGCUUGGUGUUUCUCCUUCCUGAUCGUCUUCACCAUACCCUUGGAUGUGACUUCUACCCUGUAUCGACAGUGUCUGGAGGAGCAUAAGCCGGCACCGGCACCGGAAUCAGCUAAUGUCCAUGGUAACACAAGUACAAGUACAAGCACUUUGCACCCACAGGAAUGCCAGGAACCCUGGGGCAUGGUACCAGAGUCAGUGUUUCCUAAUUUAUGGCGCAUUAUCUAUUGGAGCUCCCAGUUCCUCACAUGGUUAAUUAUGCCUCUGAUGCAAUCGUACCUUAAAGCGGGAGAUUUCACAAUCAAGGGCAAGCUGAAAUCGGCACUGAUUGAGAACGCAAUCUAUUACGGAUCCUACUUGUUUAUAUGUGGAGUACUGCUCAUCUAUAUUGCUGUCAAGGGUGUCUCGCUGGAUUGGCAGAAACUUAAGGCUAUUGCCUCAUCGGCCUCAAACACUUGGGGUCUGUUUUUGCUAGUGCUUCUGUUGGGAUAUGCCCUAGUGGAGGUACCGCGCUCGCUCUGGAACAAUGCCAAGCCGGGAUUUGCACUGCAAUAUGCAUACUUUAAGGCCGCAAAACUUAGUACGGAUAAGGCGGAGGCGGAGGAGCAUGUGGAUGAUGUCCUAGAGUCGCUGCAAUGCAUCAGUCGUGCGGUGCCCAACAAUCACGUCUUACGACCCUGUGUGGAGACAAUAAUGCGCAAGGUUCCCAUUGAGUUGCAAGAACGAGCUAGUCGAAACUUUUCCCGGAGUGGCGCCAACGGCAUGGGCGGCACCUCUUCAACCAUUGUGCCCUCGGAGAAGGCCCUCGUCCGAAUACACAAGCAGGUGAUCAAAUCUUUACAAACUCUGCAACGCACUGAGGCCCUCUGGAGCGUUCAGGUGAAGACGGUGUUGCAUCUGGAAGAUGUGGCAAACAACGUUCACUCUGCCGACCGUCAAUUUAAAACAGAAUUUCCGUGUCAGCGAUCGCAACUGGAGAGAUUUCUAUAUAGCGCCUCGAUCCAAUGGUACUGGGAGUGUCUAUUAAAGGCGCCAUUCCUUAAAGCCCUGUGCGUCUUGACGGCCAGCAUGUCGGCGAUGGUCGUAUGGAGCGAACUGACAUUUUUCAGCAGGCACCCGGUACUCUCGAUAUUCGCCAAUGUGAUAAAUGUGGCCAAGAGUAGCUAUGACUUCCUGACCAUUGAGGUGUUCUCCAUGGUGGUGCUGUGUUACUUCUUCUAUUGCACCUAUUCCACGAUUCUUCGGAUUCGCUUCCUAAAUCUUUACUACCUGGCACCGCAUCAUCAGACCAAUGAGCACAGCUUGAUCUUCAGUGGAAUGCUGCUCUGUCGUCUAACGCCGCCAAUGUGUCUCAAUUUUCUCGGACUCAUUCACAUGGAUUCGCAUAUAAUACAAAAGCGCAUAAUGGAAACGUAUUAUACACAAAUCAUGGGUCACAUGGACGUGAUUGGCAUCAUCUCGAAUGGCUUCAACAUCUAUUUUCCAAUGUGCAUGCUGGCGUUCUGUCUGGCCACCUGGUUCAGUCUAGGAAGUCGUGCUCUGAAUGCGUUGGGCUUUCAACAGUUUUUGCAGAAUGAAACGAUUGCCACGGAAUUAGUCCAGGAGGGAAAAGAUUUGAUAGCACGCGAAAAGCGACGGCGUCAGCGUGCCGAGGAGGCAAUGGCCAGGCGACGAGACUUUACCAGACCCGACACUCUGCCCAGUCAUGACUAUUUGGGCAAAUACCGCGGAGCAGGCAGUAAUGGCGGUGGCGGAGGCGGAGCCGGAAGUCUACUGAUUGGUCAUCGCACUUCAGCUGAUGGUCUUUUACGGGAUGGCGAUGUCAGUAUUGAUUAUGCUGCCGUUGCCUCCUCCUCGGCUCUCGGCGUGCCUCGUUCGCUGUCAGAGGAGAUCAACGAUCGCUUUGGCGUUAGCACACAAAUGCAGAUCGGCUUUCGAGGCACAAACGAACAGGAUGAAGUCUUCGAGGCUGAGAACGAACGUCGCAUCGUUGGACCACCACCCCGUGGACUCUUUGAUGAUGUUUAGACUCGAAAUUCGUGCAAUAUUGCAAUUGAUUUAGUUAAUUUAAUUUAAUUAUUAAGUUAAAACCUCUCCGCUGCUGUUCCUUGUCACAAAUAUUGUACACAUUUCAAUAAAAUAACUCUAGCUAAGGCGUUUAAUGUA